AUGUAUUAGGAUAAGAGCAUUGAAAAUUAUUUCUUUAACACAGGUCAUAUAAUAGGAAAGGGUAGUUUUGGUUGUGUUUACAGAGGAAUCAAUUAAAGUACUAAAACAGAGGUAGCCAUAAAAAUUGUCAAAAAGGCAAAUUUAGCAGGGUAUCAUAUAUUUCUACUUUAAGAGAAUCAAAUUCACAGAAGGCUUUAGUGAAUGAAAUGACAAUUUUGAAAAAACUUCAUUCAAAAAAUAUAGUUAGAUUGUUUGAUGUUUGUGAAAGUCAGUCAAACUAUUAUCUAAUAUAAGAAUAUUGUAAAUAAGGGGAUUUGAGAAAGAUUUUGAAAUAAAAACGACUGGAAGAAUAGGAGGCACUAAAAAUUCUACAUGAUAUUCUUUCUGGAUACUAAAUAUUAUUAAAAAAUGGUAUUGUACAUAGAGAUAUAAAACCAGAAAACAUUUUAAAUAGUAAUGGAAUAUUUAAACUUGGAGAUUUUGGGAUGGCUACUUAAUUGUCUAAACAGCGAAUGUUAAAUUCACGUGUUGGGACACCUUUAUAUAUGAGUCCUUAAGUUUAAUAAAAUACUAAUUAUACAAGUAAAUGUGAUAUUUGGUCAAUAGGAAUCUUAUUUUAUGAAUGCUUAUAUGGUAAAAGUAAUAAAUUUAAUAAUAAAUAGCUCCUUGGUUUAAUGAAACAUCUUCUAAGCUUUUGAAAAACAUUUAUGAGCAACCUCUAGAAUUUCCAAAGUAACCAAUAAUUAGUGAUAAAAGCAAAUAAUUUAUUAAGAAAUGUUUAGAAAUAAAUGAAAAAGAAAGAAUAGAUUGGAUCGAUAUUUAUAGUCAUAACAUAUUUAGAUAAAAUCCAAUUACAAAAUUAGAUCAUAAUUUUCAUUAAAUUAUCAUAAAAAUAAAAAAUAUCAUUAAAAUCAGAAAAAUUAAUAUAAAUUAAUUAAUAGUAAAUAUUGCAAUACCAAAUCAACUUAAAAUUAAUGAUCUCGAAUUAUUAUUAAAUUUAAUUGAUUAAUAAUUUACAUCAGAAGAUGCUGGAUUGAUUUUUGAUCAAUUGAAUCAUUAUAAUACAGAAUCUAUACCUUUAUAAUGUGUAUUAUUUUGGUUGGGUUAAAUUUAAGUAAUUAAAUAAAUCUAUGAUUUUGAUAGACAAUAUAAUGUUAAGUUAAAGAUAUAAGUUCACCAAAUCCAAUAUAACAAGAUUAAUUUAGAGUUGAUAAUAUUUUGAAUGCCCUUAUUAUUUAAAUAAGAUUAAAUUCAAUUUCAAUUAUACAAUUAUUUAAUAAGGUAAUAUUAUUUAAUAAUUAUUUAGUAUGAAAUUUCAUAAGACUAAGAAAUUAGCUUUGAUAAAUUCGAAUAAAUAUUGUAAAACAUAGAUAUUUAAUUAUCCAAAAAUGAUAUCACUUAAUGUUAUAAAAAAAUAAAAGAGGAAAAUUCAGGAUUUGUAAAAAGAGAAACUCUUUUAAAUAUUUUUUAUGAAGAAUCUGAAUUAGAUGAUACUGAUGAUGAUUUUUAAGUUUCUCUAGUUCAUCUUCCAAUUCAGGGACCUGGUUAAAAAUUAUUAUCAUGUAACAAUAUUGAAAUGUUAACUUGA